AUGUGUGCCACCCCAUACACAACUGACCUCGGCUCCCAACCUUAUUCAUGCCCCUGCCAGCGUCUUUCAUCGCCUUUAAACACCAAUCCUUUUACAUGUGCUCUCAAUAGUUUCAAGAGCUUACAAUUCCCCGUGGCUCGACUACGACGACUCCAGCUUCCAAUGCCUAGCCCCCUGCUGGCGUUGCAACUGCACCCCGCAUUUCUUACCCCACGGGGAAAAAUGGACUUCAACUAA